AUGGAGGCGAAACCGAGGCCUUCGCGCUGGAGCAAAGAGCGGUACACAAAUCUGCUCAUUCCCAACUACAUUCCUCCAGAGUUGCUUCUUUACGACGAGGGGCAAUUCCUCAGGGCAUUCCUUCUCCGUGUGCUCGCCAUUGAUCUCAAUCGCUUCAUUGAGACGAAGCGCUGCGAGGAUUAUUUUCUAAACAUUCCUGUGGAGCCGGAAUACAACAGCGAUGGACAGCGAACAAAUACACCAGACGAGAUUGUUGCAGAGAAGCGACGAAAGGCGAUGGAUGAGCUGACAAAUAUUCUCCGACAAAACGCCGAAAUGGGACCGCAUCCGGCGGCACCAAAGGAGAUUGUGCGUAAGCGCUACUUCUCACAGGAGGAGAUGGACAAUGGUGCCUAUGGUGCCAUUUUGGGCGCCCGUGGCUUGGUACACCAAGAGCUGGAACAGACAACAAAGUGCAAGAUUGUGCUUGCGGGGCGCGGCAUUACAAAUACACUCAAGGACACCAGUACCAACGCCGCACGCAUCGCGCUUGAGGAGCCGCAUGCUCGUAUAACGGCUCCUAACGAGCAGGCCUUGCAACACGCGAUGGAACGCAUUGAGUGGAUUUUAUCCGACGAUCCCGAGGCGCAAGAGUUCCGGGAGAACAAUAGGAGACGUAUGGCUCAGAUAGAGGGUAGGUAUGAUCCGCGCACGUGGGUAUCUUCUGUUGAGAAGGAUAAUGGUGGGGCGCCGAGACCUGGAGAGAAGCGGGAGCGCGAGGAACAACUUGACGAGGAUGUGCAGGCAUUCUUGGAUGAACUCUGA